AUGAUGAACCUCUCCCCCCCACACCCCCGCCCCUUCUUCAAAAGCACCCCGCACAUCAACCCGGCCUCCCUCAAGAAACCCAGCCGCUGGUAUCUGCCCCUGAUGGCUGCCAUCGCUCUCGGCUUCGGCGCCUACAACCACUACACCGCCACCGCCACCUCUCCCACCUCCACCUCCACCAAGUCCCUCCAGAAUCAACUCUACCAACAACAAGAAGAAGAGCGUCUCCGCAAGAACCGCGCCCUGAUGGACGCCUACGGCGACAAGGAGACGCUCCAGGACAUCGAGCGCGCGCUGGUCGUGUAUGAUCUCCAGUAA